UAAUUUAUUAGUCUAAAAUAUGCUGCAAGUGAAUCUUUAAAAAAAAUGAAAGGAAGGAAGAACUGACAAAUGUUUUUGUUUUUCUUUUCUUUUUUUUUUAGGAAGUCGUUAACAAUAAGGCGGAAGUGUCAAGGUGUCUUUUCACCUUGCUGAAGGACAGCUGUAUUUACUGACGUAUGCAAAUGAGUGUCAGGGGAGGUCCUUAUGCCAGAAAAAGCACAGAAUCAGUUUCACAUUGCAGCUCUGGAGUUCCUGCGUGGAAGGAAAAACGAGACGUGGCGAAAUCCAGUGAUUAUCUGCUGCCAUAUUCUUCUUCGUGGAGAUUUAAGAGUCAUUUUUAGGGUUUUAUUUUUGGAGGGCGACCCGGUUUGAUGUUUUACUCCCUUUCGGCUGCCGUAGGAGUUCUCUCUAUGAUCUCCCUAGAAAUAGAAAUCUUCAUUUUGACUCAAAGUGUUUGUUUCCUCCUGUCGCAGCUCAGCAAACCAUGCAGGAUGAUUUACUGAUGGACAAAAACAAAGCCCAGCCUCAGCAGCAGCAAGUAGACCCUCCUCCUUCCACGCCGACCCCGUCAUCGGAACCCACUUCAUCUUCAUCCGAGUCGGAGAGCCCGUCGACCGGCAGCAGCCUAGCGGCUUCCGCGCUGAGCAGCGGCGGCGGUGGCGGCGGAAAGGACCGAGUCCCGAUGGAGUCGCCGGUCCUGCCCGGGCUGGGCUUCCACCAGCACCCGCUCCAGGACACCGGCGGGCCCCUCGGGUCCCCUCCGGCGUCGUUCGGGACCACUUGGUCCACGGGGACCACGAACGCCGUGGAGGACAGCUUUUUCCAGGGAAUACCGUCGGUGAAUGGGACGAUGCUGUUCCAGAACUUCCCGCACGUCAAUCCGGUGCUGGGGGGAAAUUUCUCCCCGCAAAUCGGGCAGCAGCAGCAGCGGAGGUCCCCGGUCAGUCCCAGCCAAGUUCCCUUUCCCCAGAGAAACGCUUACCAGACCAUCAUCAACAACAGCAAGGGGACAUCGUCGUCUUCCCCGGCUUCCGCCUGGAACAACCACCAGAACACCGGGUGGAGCUCCGCGUCCAGCCCGUGGAGCGCGCUGCAGCCGGGCAGAGAUCCGCGCCGCGCCGUGGGCGUCGGGGUCGGGGUGCCGUCUCCGCUCAACCCCAUCUCCCCGAUGAAGAAGCCUUACACCAGCAACGUCAUAGCGCCCCCCAAAUUCCCGAGACCCGGGGGUCCUCUGGCUCAGAAGCCCUGGAUGGAGGACAGCAACAACAUGCUGCCUUUCCAGGACCGGAACCGGCCCUUUGAUCCUUUUAACUUGAACUCUUUGGAGAAUCCAUUAAUGGAUAUGAUAAAGACUGACCAUGACAAAGGUAAACCACACCCGGCCGGUGGGCCACCAGUGACUAUCGCUGACAUUAUAUGGAGGAAUCAUUUUGCAGGACGGAUUGGACUCAACUUUCACCAUCCUGGAGCAGAACACAUAUUGCCCCUGAACACAGGCCGGAGUUAUGGCCGCCGACGAGGUCGUUCCUGUCUUUUCCCCUUCGAGGAUGGUUUCCUUGAUGACGGCCACGGCGACCCCUCCCUGACCCCGGGCCUGAACUCACCGACCCGCUGUCAGAACGGCGAGAGGAUGGAGCGCUACUCCAGGAAAGUGUUCGUCGGAGGUCUUCCUCCCGACAUAGACGAAGAUGAAAUCACCAACAGUUUCCGCCGCUACGGGCACCUGGUGGUGGAUUGGCCCCACAAAGCUGAAAGCAAAUCCUACUUCCCACCUAAAGGUUACGCCUUCCUGCUUUUCCAGGAAGAGGCUUCGGUCCAGGCGUUGAUUGACGCCUGCAUUGAGGAGGACGGGAAGCUCUACCUGUGUGUGUCCAGUCCCACCAUCAAGGACAAACCAGUCCAGAUCCGUCCCUGGAACCUGAGCGACAGCGACUUCGUCAUGGACGGCUCCCAGCCUCUGGAUCCGCGCAAAACCAUCUUCGUUGGAGGAGUUCCCCGGCCCCUGCGUGCAGUGGAGCUAGCGAUGAUCAUGGACCGGCUGUACGGAGGCGUCUGCUACGCCGGCAUCGACACGGACCCGGAGCUGAAAUAUCCGAAGGGUGCUGGGCGCGUGGCGUUCUCCAACCAGCAGAGCUACAUCGCCGCCAUCAGCGCCCGCUUUGUCCAGCUGCAGCACAACGACAUCGACAAAAGGGUGGAGGUGAAGCCGUAUGUCCUGGACGACCAGAUGUGCGACGAGUGCCAGGGCGCGCGCUGCGGCGGCAAGUUCGCCCCGUUUUUCUGUGCCAACGUCACCUGCCUGCAGUACUACUGCGAGUUCUGCUGGGCCAGCAUCCACUCCCGGGCCGGCCGCGAGUUCCACAAGCCGCUGGUGAAGGAGGGUGGCGACCGCCCUCGACACGUCUCCUUCCGCUGGAGCUGAGGCCGGCGGGGUCAGCGGGGGAUCAUGGAUCUGCACUAUCCUCAACCCACAUGAAGGAGAAAUGAAAACAGCUCCCGCCGUCUCCAUCCCAAAAGGAAAAAAAAGCGAAACGGAUCAGAUUCUCGGUUCUGAACUCGUUGUCAAAGCUUUGUGGGGGAAAAAACUCCACUGGCUUACAAUUUGCACUUUGGCACAAAGUCUCACUAUAAAAAACUCGCAUACACACGUACACACACAGAAUGGUUCGGUAUGUCCCCCCUCGGGACCGCUCACAUAUUUAAAAAUACACAUAGCUCUAUUUUUUUUUGUUUUGUACUUAUCUAGACAUUAAAUAGAUGGUUUAAAUUUUAUGCAAAAGGAGCAUGCACUUACUUUGAAACAGCUGUAGUUACGUCGCCCCUAGUUAAAAACAUAAAGAAUAAAUAAAUUAAAAAACUACCAAAGGCUAAUUGAAUAAAUGCAGAAGUUAGGCAGCAUCAGAUGUAGCAACAAUUACCAGCUCUGAAAACAACUGAUAUAUUCUCUGUAAAUGUUAAUACCUCACAAUCAGAUUAGUUUGCGUUCAAUAUCUAGGUCUUUAUUUUUAUAAUAACAAAUUUUUUUUUGUGUAAUGUAAAUGUAACUGCUGCGGGAGCUUUGCUGCUAAAUCCCAUGGUAUGAACAGAUACCAUAAGUACUUUAUUUUAUUUUCCCAGCGAGGAAUUCAGAAGCAGCCGGCGUUUCAGGACGACAAGUUGUCUCAGGCAACGAUGGCCGACGUGUUGAGGUCAGGGGUCGCCCCUAACUGCAUGUUCUCGUCAGGCUGCUGCAUGCAAAACACUUUUUCAGUAUCAUGUCUGCAGGUUUUUGUGUUUAUUUUGAUUCUGGCCAUGUUUUGCACAACGCACUGCAAGUCGUGUUACACCCUGCUGAAGGAUUCACGCAUCAGAUCACUGAAAACUUGAUGGUGUUUUACUGGGAUUUUAUAAAAUUAGAGCGACGCAAAGUAAUUUUUGUAGUGAAGGAAAUUUGCAAAUUAAAAAUCUCAAUAGGGAAACAGUGGAAUAUUUUCUGGCCCUCAGAUAUCUGAAUAUUUCUCCUCCACUGUUACAGCAAAACCAGAAAAUCUUACCAAGUAUUUUUGGUCUUAGUUAAAAUAAGAAAAAAUAACUUACAAGUAACUUCAAUAAGAAAUAGGAUCUUAAAUAGAAAUAGGAUAUUUAAGUAAAUAUACAUUAAUAUUGAUGAGGAAUGCUGGAUUAUUUCUUUUCACAUCAAGACAUUUUUCCCAUGUAAAAAGUGAAACUGGAGCAAAAAUACUUGGUAAGAUUUGGGGGUGUUCCAACACCACCAAAGUGCGUCUCUCAGAUUUUCACAUUUAGAUCGAACACUUGCACUGCACCAAUAUAAAACUUUGGAUUGAUAGCGAUAUCGAUAUUAAUCUUGCAUUUACGUCCAAUAACCGAUAUUUAUCAAUAUUAUACAUAGUAUGUCAUAAGUAUUUCUCUACCUUUAAAAGAAUUGCCGAAACCAAAAGUCAAUAAGAAGAAAAUAAAUAUCGAUAUAAAAUUUUAAAAAGGCUUUCCACAGUUUUCUGUUGGAUUUAGGUCUGAACUUUGACUAGGCCAUCCUGACAAACAAAUAUGCUUUGAUCUAUAGAAUUGUUGUCAUAAUGGAAAGUGUAUUUCUGCUCAAGUUUCAAGCUUUUGCAGCAUCUUGAAAGUUUUACUUGCACUCUGAUCAAAGCGUGAUGCUGCCACCACCUUGCUUCACGCUGGAAACUGCAACAUCGGUUCUCCUUCUGAUAAAGUUUCGCUUGUCGGCAAAAAAAAAAUGUUGAUCUGUGAUCUUAGCCCCGAAUAAUCUGGAAAACUACAAACAGGACUUUUUGUUGCUUUCUUUUAAGUUUUUCUUUCUUUUUUUAAAAAACACAUCACAAACAGCUGAAUGCUAACAUUUAGGUAAACACUGGAUUUUUAUCAAAGAUGGCUCCAUUUGUUCUCAGCCUUCCUUUCUGUUCAUCAGUCACGUGAAAAUCCCACUAAAACACAGUAAAGUUUUUAGUUCGCGAUUUUGAUGCGAGGAAAACAUUUUCCGGACGUUCAAGCCGCCAUGUUUACGACCACAACGCCGCGCGAGCGGAUCGGGACGACGGCGGUUUCUAAACUAAUAUUACUCACAAAUGAAGUGUAGGACUACAACUAAAACCUGUAAUAGGCGAAGUACUUUAUUUGCGGUGAUUGUGUUUUAUAAUUGUGCAAUUUUCUUUCUUUUUUUUAUACUGUACGUAGUUAGAUCUGCCUAGAACUGUGAUUCUCUGUAACUGUCGUUCAGUGUCCGACAUGGAAGUCCUGUGAAACUUCAUGAACUCGCUAGCUAGCAUAUCCACACGUAUAUCCGUCGGCUAUAUACAUGUAAGACGUUCUCACUGGUUCACGUCUGGAUACACACGGAACACACACCUGGGACGGGAGGUUUUCGGGCCGAAAACCACGAAUCUGAGCGGAAGAGAAGACGUUAAUGUGAGGGGGGUUAAAAAAACAAAACGAACACGUAAAACUAUAUUGUUCACGCACGCAAAACUUUAUUGUUCGUUCCAACUCUUGACAGAAACGUUUUACGUCACGACGCAACCAAAGAGCUCACUUGUUUGUCUUUUUUAUUUUUAUUUUGGAGUGAAUAAGCAGAAAAAACCCAUAAAGCUACUGGAGAUUUGAGAUUGAUAAACUGAGCCCUUUCACUUGCUGAUAUAUAUAUAUUUAUAUAUUUUCUUUAAAUGGGGAAUAUGGCGGAGAUGAAAAUGUGUGACGCAAUCACCAGAUUUUUAAUUUCUUUUUUUAAUAUUUCUUUUUUUGUCUCCUGCAAAGCUUGAAGUAUCGGACCUGCUAACUAAUGACAUAAAAAUAAAGGUGGACAUUAUAUAUUUUUGGGUUCUAUUAAAAGCUGAAAAGGAAAUGAUGGUGACGGAAACGUAACUGUGUGUGUGUGUGUGUAACUGUUUUCAGUCGUAAACUGUUGUUUUUCCUGCUUUUUUUUAAACUUUUUUUUAAUUUCUGUUUAAGAAAAACUAAUUGGACCUGAGCAGAAGAGAUAUUAUUCCUGAUGAAUAAUAACGAGUGAAUUCUGGGGAGAGUUUUUAUUUUUUCCAACAUUUCUUUGCCCCCUUUUUGCCCAGUUUUCUUUUAUUUUUGUUUUUUUCUGUAUUUGUUGUGCACUACACUCUAUCUGAAAACAGUUUGCAACAGUCAGCAGUUUUUUUUGUGUUUUUUGGGGGGUAUAUCCUUUGCAAUACCUCAGUUUUGACAUAUAUUAGGAGAGAAACAUUUUUCUAAGUUUAUUCAGAUGGACAAAUAUAUAUUAAUUUAAUUCUUCGAGAGAGAUGAUUUUUAAAAAAAUAUUUUUAUUUUAAGAAUUUAUUUUUUUUAAAGAGAGUUAAUGAAGGAGCUAAAGCUUUAUAACUAAUAUAAUAAUGUUCGUAGUGAGAAUAGGGUCUACUUUACUGGUGUAGAAGUAGGAGUCCAACUGGUAUAAUUGGUUGAGAGCAGAAAGCUCAAAUAUCAGGUGCUCUGAGAAGACAUUAAAGCAGAUUUCCCACCUUUUUUAUAUUUAUAACCAAUUAUCUAUGCUGACCAGAGUUAUGAAAGAGAUCUUCUGUUUAUUUUUUUUAAAAUACGUUUUUUAUGUUUCCUAAAAGUAUGUGCUCCCGUUUGUUUCUUUUUGUUUUGUAAAAAAAAAUUAAUGAAAAGAGAAUAAAUAAUAAUAAAUAAAAAAAAAACAAUAUAAAAAUAAUUGAUUUGCUGUCCUGACGUGGUUGGGAAAGACUUCUGAAAGUCACUGGACACAGAAAAAGAGAAGAAUGUUAUUUUUAACACUAAACAGACACAAAUGUUUUCACCUGUAGCUUGAUUGAAACCCCCCAAGGUGCAUCAAUUUGACUGGUGGCCUUUCUGUUCACGCGAGACUUGAAUUAGCCCGGGCCCUUCUUCAUUUUUAAGGCUAACAACCUUGAUUCUUUGUCGUAAUGUGCAAUACUCUGUUUGUACCAUUUGUAGAAAAGAAGAAAACGAGAAAAAGAGGCAUAAAAUCUUAUUGCGAAAUUAUUUUCAUUGCAAGCGUUGUGAUCCACUAAAAUCAUUUUCUACUGUUUUUUUGCCUCCUCUACCUGCUAGUACCUUCCAGUAGUAAUGUAGCCUUUGUACUGAGAAAUUUUCUUUUCCUUUCUUUUAAGAGUUUUGCAGAAAAAACAAAAAAGGAAUUCAAACAUAUUUACAUUUUUUUUUAUUAUUAUUUCAUAUAUUUUGUUUAUUUACAGACUUCAUAUCUGGUCAUGUCAUUAGUAUUAUUUUGUAUUUUUACUUUGAAAAAAUUAAUUUUAUGAUGCUAAUUCUUAAUUUUAAAUUUUUUUGAAGCUGAAAAAUCCCUUUGUAUUGUUACUAAACUGUCUUGUUUCUUGAAAUGCUGAGCUUCAUGUGUUAACUUGCUGAUGUUGAUUAAAUCAGUGUGAAAAUGAUCUUCAAAAGUAAAAAAAAACUACUCAGAGGAAGAGUUUGGUGGUUGGUGAUGUAUAAGUGGUUUAUAAUGUAAACAAAUGAACAGGCAAUAAAGGAAAACUGGCAGAAACAAAAAUAUUUGUGCUGUAAUUGAAUAAAACAACACUGAAGUACAAAUGUUGCUAAUGUUACAAAAACUAAAAUAUUGAAUUAUUUAAUCAAAUUCCUUAAAUGUUAAAGAAAAAAAUAUAAAUUCAGAGGAUAAUUUCACAUCUUUAAACCCAUCUUGUUUUAAAGUGCAUCAGUUUGUAUUUUGCUGCAUUUAACUGCAAAUCCUACAAAAUAUAUUUGUCAAUGUUUAUUAUUUAACACAGCAUAAUUUAACAAAUAUUUUACGCUAAAGGAAAUUAAAUGCUGUUAUUAAAAUCCAAAUGUUUUCAAAAAGUCAAUUGUGAUGCUAGAAGGAAGGAAGUCCAGCAGCAGUCAGUCCUGCAAUUUAUCUGAAGAGGCCUCUGAUUGAAGAGUGUUGCAAUCUGAUUCAUGAUCGUCAUGAUAUGCUAACAGCUAGAUAUCUGGGCAGAUUAUAUUUCUAUGGUGUCAUGUCCUGGAUCAGUGGUUCCCAAAGUGUGGGGCGCGCCCUCUAGGGGGGGCGCAGUGCCAUUGCAGGGGGGGAGUGGUAUGGAUGAAAAACAAAAAAACAGGUACAGAACAGUGUUUCACUGUAAAGAUGGUUUGUAGUGUGUUUUGUUGCAACCUGAAGUGUGAAAUAAACUUCAGUGGA